CGUGCUCCGAGGUGGUGCGCGCUAGACCACUCGGUCACCGAUCCCCCUGGAAACAACGACAAUAUCAAGCAACAUCUAGCCAUGAGCCAGACCAACAGGCUGCAGCGUCAUCAGCGUGCGAAGAAGUCGAAGCAGCCGGCCGACCGGCCGUGGGUACCAAGACUGACCAGGAGCGGAUCCUGGCUGGUCCUCACCGGGACCAGUGAGGUCCACGAUGGCCGCGUCGUCCCUCGGGUUGUCGGGAGCCGUUUCUUCUGGACGAGGCCCGUACCGCGCGAGGACAGGGUCUCUGGGCCGGAGCUGGAGAUCGUGGCCAGGCCUUACAGGGACAUUGAAGCGAGGCUCAACUACACUUUCCGUGACAAGGGCCUGCUUCUGGACGCGUUCACACACGACUCAUUCCCGAAGGAACUGCGCGUGACCUCCGGCAGCAUGCGACCCAUGGACUUCCUGGGUGACGCGCUGCUCAAACUGCUCAUCUCGACGCAUCUGUAUGGCUGCCUGGACCCGCUGACCAACAGGAACUUGACGGAGACGAGGCAGAAGCUCGAGUGCAACCGGUUCUUCGCUUACCUGGCCGUGCGCCACGGCAUGCACAAGUUCCUGCGGUCGGCCUCUGGCAGUCUCAACGACGAAGUGGUCAGAUACGCACAGAGCGUCGGAGACAGGGACUACACGGCCAUAGUGGCGCAGAUGCCUCCGAAGCCUCUGGCCGAUCUGUUCGAGGCCCUCGCUGCGGCGGUGUACCUGGACUCCAACCUGGACCUCGAUGCGCUCUGGUGCGUCGUCUACCCGAUCUUCCGGUCCCACAUAGACAGGGAACUUGGACACUCGCCCGCAUAAUACCGACUGAGGCCAUCACGUUGCGCUUCAAACUAGCCGGCUCCGUAUGUUCAAUGGGAGACUGAAGGGGCAUCAAUAAACGGUUGCUGGCCCCGUGAGAUAUA